UCCAGGGCAGCGUUAGUCCAAACGCAACAUCUCCGAUCUUGGAAAGGCGACGAAGAAUAAAAAGAAAAAAAAAAGAAAAGAAAAAUAAGGUAAAAAUCAUAUAACGAACGCUCCCACCAGAAGGGGGAGAGAGCGGUUGCAGAGGCGAAGGAGAAGGAAGAGAGAGAUGGGGACACUGCAGAGCUGGAGAAAGGCUUACGGAGCCCUGAAAGACACCACAAAAGUCGGAAUCGCCAAUCUAAGCAGCGAUUUCAAAGACGUCGACAUCGCGAUCGUCAAGGCGACCAAUCACGUUGAGUGCCCGCCCAAGGAGAGACAUCUACGAAAAAUCUUGGCUGCGACCUCCGUGAUCCGUCCCCGUGCUGAUGUUGCCUAUUGUAUACAUGCCCUUGCACGGCGGUUGGCAAAGACCCACAACUGGACUGUGGCUUUGAAAACACUGAUAGUCAUUCAUAGGACCCUAAGGGAGGGUGAUCCUACUUUCAGAGAGGAGCUUCUCAGUUUCUCCCAGAGGGGGCGCAUACUCCAAUUAUCCAAUUUCAAGGAUGACUCGAGCCCUAUAGCAUGGGAUUGCUCUGCAUGGGUUCGUACAUAUGCACUUUUCUUGGAGGAAAGAUUGGAAUGUUUCAGGAUUUUGAAGUACGAUGUUGAAGCUGAGCGCCUAACAAAACCCACUGAAGGUCAUGAAAAGGGCCAUAGUAGAACCAGGGAUCUGGACAGUGAAGAACUGUUGGAGCAGUUGCCUGCCCUACAACAGCUCUUAUAUCGUCUUAUUGGUUGCCGGCCAGAAGGAGCGGCUGUUGGCAAUUACGUCAUACAGUAUGCCCUGGCUUUGGUACUGAAAGAGAGCUUUAAAAUUUAUUGUGCGAUUAAUGAUGGCAUCAUCAAUCUUGUUGAUAAGUUUUUUGAGAUGCCUAGGCAUGAAGCUUUCAAAGCCCUUGAAAUCUACAAACGAGCUGGCCAGCAGGCUGGGAGCCUUUCUGAUUUCUAUGAAAUUUGCAGAGGAUUGGAACUUGCUAGGAAUUUCCAAUUUCCAGUCUUACGAGAACCACCUCAAUCGUUCCUUGCAACCAUGGAAGAAUACAUCAGGGAGGCACCAAGAAUGGUGUCUGUUUCAAGAGAGCCACUGGAAUUCCAAGAGAGACUUCUAUUGACCUACAAACCAGAAGAACUUCCUUCUCCUUCUGAGGAUAGAAAACCUUCCGCAGAGGAACAAAUACCAGCACCUGCUAACAUAGAGGUUGCGCCUCCUCCUCCCAAUCCUGAUACAGGAGAUCUAUUGGGAUUAAAUGCUGUACAUCCAGAUGCAUCUGCAAUAGAAGAAAGCAAUGCCUUGGCUCUGGCCAUAGUUCCAUCUGUAGGUGCCACUGCAUCUCAUGACUCAAAUAACAUGCAAGCAAAUGUACUGGAUCCUACUGGAUGGGAACUUGCUCUUGUUACUACUCCCAGCACCAAUACAUCGGUUGAAAGGCAAUUGGCUGGCGGUAUGGACAGUCUCACUCUUGAUAGCUUAUAUGAUGAAGCAGCAUACAGACAAAGUCAGCCAGCGUAUGGAGUUGCCCCUCCAAAUCCAUUUGAGAUGCAGGAUCCAUUUGCUGCGUCGAACAGCGUAGCGGCCCCUCGAUCAGUUCAGCUGGCUGCAAUGGCACAGCAACAGCAGAUGUCUAUGAUGAUGCCAUCAAAUCCCUUUUUUCAGCCAAACAACCACCCUCAGCAGCAGCAACACUCGAUGACCAUGGGGCCGUCAAACCCCUUUGGUGAUGCGGGCUUUGGGUCCUUCGCCUUGAACCAUCCUCCCCACCUUCAGAAUAAUCCAUUUGGAAACACGGGCUUGCUGUAGUAUAUGGGUUGUCAACAAAAUCUACUACUACUACUACCCCAAUGCAGGUGAAUUUAUUGAGAUCUUGUGCAUGUUUGUGUAUUCUAUUCCAGUUCAGUAUUGAACAAAGUCUCAUAUUUGGAAUGUAAAGACAAAAACCUUUUUUUUUUUUUUUUUUUGGAUUCCAUGAUUCCGGUCAUCUUAUUCAUAUGAAGUGAUGAAUUUGGAUGUAAAGUUUUAGUUGAGCAAUAAUCUUUCAGAUUGUUUUUAUUUA